UCUGUUGUUGCUCUCUACCAUUCCCUCUCUGACCUGACGAACUGAAAGGAGAAAGAGAGAGAGAUAUAGAGAGACAGAGAGCAGAGCUUGUGAUGGCUCUUGGCACAACUCAGUAGCGAGGAAAAGUGGACGCUACAAGCGGGCCGCAUCGGCCAGAUGAUAAUUAGUGGAUACUUUACUGCUUUAGUGCGUUUCCUCUAGGAUUACCUUUGGUGGGACUACUGAUUGCUUAAACCUGGAGACAACACAACAGCAGUGCAGGUAGAAGAUGAGGACCAAAAGUAGCGGGGUGGACAGCCCGGCCAAUGGGGUGUGUGACGUUCCACAGGGUGACCAUGACAUCAGCCAAGAACAGGAAGUGGGUCUGCCCGUUAAGAGCCUAAUGGCCAAAGUUCAGCAGAAGGAGGAUAAGGAUAAUUUGGAGGUUGAGGUGAUCUCUGAAGAAAAGAAGAUACUAUUUGACUCCUCUGAGUCUGGAGAACAAAAAGGAAACAUCAUGGCUCUGUCCAAAGCGGAUCUGCUGAAACUUCUGGGGAUAAUGGAAGGAGAAGUUCAGGCCAGAGAAGAUGUCAUCUGCAUGCUAAAGUCCAAACAGACCGUCCCAGCAGAGGUCCUUGAAUCACGUUAUGGAUCAGCAGCCCCUGGUUCGGCUCUCACGGCCCUACAGAGAGACGGCUUCAUCACUGGCAGCGAGCCAAAUGACCACAGUGUCUACCAGAAGCCCAUGGUUGAGCUGGAGCGUCUGCAGGAGAAGCACAAGGAGACGUAUCGAAGAAUGCUGGGUCAGUUGCUGCUAGCUGAAAAAUGCCACAGACGCACUGUCCAUGAGCUGGACACAGAGAAACGCAAACACGCAGAUUACAUGAACAAGAGCGAUGACUUCACCAACCUCCUGGAGCAGGAGAGAGAAAGACUGAAGAGGUUGCUUGAGAACGAGAAGGCCUACCAGGUGAGAAAGGAGAGCGAGCACUCUAAACGUCUGGCCAAGGUGCGAGAGGAGCUGGUUAAGCUGAAGUCCUUUGCCCUGAUGUUAGUCAAUGAGAGACAGCAACACCUGGAGCAAAUGGAUCAACAGAGCCAACGGUCCCAGGAACUAGGCCAGCAGCACCAGAAGUGGGAGCAGGCACUGAGUGAAGCCAGGGAACGUGCUCAGGAGGAUGGCCAUAGGUUGCUGAGCCUGAAGGCUGAACUUAAAGAGAAAUCUGCCAAGCUUAAUCAACAACACGAGGAGAUGAGUGCCAAGUUGGUCAGUCAGGAGAUCCAAAACCGUCAACUAAAUGCCAAUCUUUUAGGGCUUACGCAUAAAGUGGAGGAGCUAGAGGAGAGCAACAGGGUUCUGAGGAAAUAUGAGGAGGAAAAACAGGAGCUGAGGGAGAAUAUCGGCAAAGGGGAGUCUGGCAACUCCAACUUGAUUACUGAGUUGGAGAAUUUACGAAAGCGGGUGCUGGAGAUGGAGGGAAAGGAUGAGGAGAUUACCAAGACUGAAAAUCAGUGUAAGGAGCUCAGAAAGAGGCUACAAGAGGAGGAGAGUAGGAGCAAAGACCUCAGGCUGGAAGUGGAGACGCUCCAGAAAAAAAUGAUAGAGUUAGAGAAACUUGAGGGUGCCUUCAGCAUAAGCAAGGCUGAGUGUGCACAGUUACACACUGCUCUGGAGACAGAGAAGGACCUCACAAAAGAGCUCUCAGAUGAAGUAGUCGCUCUCAGGAUCCGUAUGAAAGAGGUAGAGUCUUCUGAACUCAAGUUAGAAAAGUGUGAGCUGAGCCUCAAGGAUGACUUGAGUAAGCUUAAAUCAUUGACUGUUGCUUUGAUGGAAGAACGAAAGACCCUAAUGGAAAGAAUGAAGUCAGACGAGAAAAAAAAGGACGAUUUGAGUAAGAUGGUCACAUUUGAGAAGGGAAAAGUUUUGGAGGUAACUGAAAAAUUGAUAGAGGAAAGCAAAACACUAUUGAAGUUGAAAUCAGAGAUGGAAACCAAAGUAGACAUUCUAUCCAUUGAAAAAGGGGAGCUCAGCACAAAGCUAGCCUCCGAAAUUGAUAAAACUAAGGAUCUUAGUUCUGAGGUCAGUCAGAUGAAAAAAAGGUUAGAUGGGUUUGAACAAGCAGAAGAGCUCUCAGUAAAGAAUUCAGUGAAAUGUGAACUAGGCAGAAUGUCUGACCCCCUCAAGAAAGAAGACAACAAAGUUAAGGAGCUGACAUUUGAAAUUGAACGCCUGAAAAAUCGCCUCAAACAACUUGAAGUAGUUGAGGGAGAUUUGAUCAAGACAGAGGAUCAGUACAACAUGUUGGAGAAAAGGUUCAUGACUGAACAAGACAAAGCAAACAUUCUUUCCCAACAGGUAGAGGAAAUGAGGGGCCAGAUAGCUCGGAACAAAGCAAUCGAGAAAGGAGAGGAGGAAAGCCAGGAAGUAGACCUCCGACAGCGAUGCAAAAGAGAGGAGGCCAAAACCAGGGAACUGCAGGCGGACAUUGUAGCCCUAAAGGAGAAGAUCCAUGAACUGAUGCACAAGGAGGACCAACUUUCUCAGCUCCAAGUGGAUUACUCUGUACUGCAGCAGAGGUUCUUGGAAGAGGAAGAGAGAGCCAAGAACAUGGGCACUGAAGUUUUCCAUCUCACCAAAGAAUUGGAGAUAGCAAAGCGUCAUAGUCGAGCACUGAGGCCCAGUUUGAAUGGGAGGAGGAUGGUGGACAUUGCUGUGACAUCCACUGGCGUACAGACAGAGGCAUCGGCCACUGGGCUGGCAGAGGAGGAUACCCCAGCUGUGUUUAUCAGGAAGUCUGUUCAAGAAGAGAAUCACAUAAUGAACAACCUCAGACAGAGGUGCCUGAAAAAGCCAACAGAUAAGAGUGGUGUUGAGCGUUGCCCUUCAUCUAGCAGCGACCUGGGUGUGAAGAAAUCCUGGAUUCCCUGGAUGAGGAAAAAGGACAACUCUCAGGAGUCCAACUUGGGGAAGCAUAUGCACAUUAAUGGAGAUCAUUUGCCAUCUGAACUGACCAUGUCCCAAAAGCAAGGACAGCCUUUACACAUCCGUGUGACACCAGACCACCAUUACAACACAGCCACUCUUGAGAUAAGCAGCCCUACUGCUGAGGAUGCUUUCUCUAACUCAGCUCCUCUGAGCCCCAAUCCAUCUCAACCUAAAUCCAGAAUCACAAUCAUUCCCACCUACUCUGCUCAAACGCACAAAAGAAAGUCCACCACUGGACCUCAUGGCCCUGACAGUGCCAAGUCUCCUGUAACCAUCACAACAAUAUCCAGAGCCAAGUCUCCAGAAAGCAGUCGAGCCCCCUCCUCUGCUUUAGGAAGGCCCUUGUCCCCUGUCUCUAUUAUGACAGUGAGCACUGCUAUAGUGCCUGAAGCAUCUGCCUCUCCUGAACCCCAGGAGAUGACCAUGGGCCGAGCUGUGUAUAGGGUUACCCCUGAGAAGCAGAUGGUGCCAAUGCCUAUGAGGAAGGGUCACAACAACACUAGCAUCAUCACCACCACUGAUGAAAACAAGAUCCAUAUUCAUCUAGGCAACAGCAUGACCUCAAAGAUGGUAGUCAGGCCUAUGCUUGCUGCAACAGAGAGCAAGGAAAUGACCUUAUCAACUGGGACAGUUUUACGCUCCCCCCGCCAAAUCACCACCACCGCUGCCAGGUCCACACAGAGCAAAGUGAUGAGCACUAUCACAAUUUCCCCUGUUACAUCCACCACUUCCAGACAAAGCAUAACUGGGCAAGAUGCUCAGGCACCUCGAACAGGACUGACCCGCAUCCCAAUGUCCAAGAGCCUGAAGACGGGGAAGGCUGUGCUUGGAUCCCUGGGGAUCUCGGGUGGAAUGAAGCUGGAGUCACGAGCUGAGAGUCAGCUGAGGAUAGAAGUUAAAAAAUCCACUGUGAAUAACCAUACUUUACAAAAUGGAGGAAAAGCCUGAUUGACAUAAUAGUACCAACAAAAUACUUAAACAUAUCUAUGGUGCUUCAGAGAGAUUUAAA